AGCGUCUCAAGCAGCGGGGGACUCCCCGAGAGCUAUGAAGCAGGGACAGAGGCAGAGCGAGCUCCUUCAGGCAGGGCUGCGAGCUGAGCUCGCACAAACAGCUCCCCGGUGGACUCGCCCCACGUUCCUGCCCUACCCCGUCCCUUCGCUGGGCUCCGAGGGGGAAGAAGAGGAGCUGCGAGCCCGCCGGCCAUGAGCCACCUCUACGGCAGCCACCUCUCCCCCCUGGGCAGCCCGUCCAUGGUUUACCUGCCCGCCGCGCUCGGCUUCGCCCCCGGGGGGGCGAUGUCCCGGCAGGACCCCCCUCAGAAACCCCCGUACAGCUACAUCGCCCUCAUCGCCAUGGCCAUCAAAGAGGCUCCGGAGCAGAAGGUGACCCUGAGCGGCAUCUACCAGUUCAUCAUGGACCGCUUCCCCUUCUACCACGACAACAAGCAGGGCUGGCAGAACAGCAUCCGCCACAACCUCUCGCUCAACGACUGCUUCGUCAAGGUGCCCCGCGAGAAGGGCCGGCCCGGCAAGGGCAGCUACUGGACCCUGGACCCGCGCUGCCUGGACAUGUUCGAGAACGGCAACUACCGCCGCAGGAAGAGGAAGCCCAAAGCCGCGAGCCCUCCGGACGCCAAGGGCGCCGAGCAGCCCGGCCCGGCCGAGCCCAAGCGGGCCAAGCCGGGCGAGCCGCGCCCGGCCGGGGCCACCGCGGCUCCUCCCGGGGGGCUGCCCCCGCUGCCCCCCGCUGCCGCCCCGCCGCACAAGAGCGGCAGCGGAUCCCGGGGCCGCAGCUUCAGCAUCGAGAGCAUCCUGGCGCAGGGGCUGCGGCCGCCCGGGGCAGCCCCCAAGGAGAGCCCCCCCGGCCCGCUGGUGGCCGGCGGCGGAGUCGGGCCGGCCCUCAACGCGUCCCUCAUGCUCGACUCCCAGGUGCACGGGAGGCUUUACCACAUCGGCAUCCCCUUCCUCUCCUGCUUCCCGCUGCACUUCUCCGAGGCGGUGUUUAAUUUCCAGUAGCUGUCCCCGCAAUUAACGCUCCCCACGCCCCCGAGCGCUGCUCCGGGGUGGGGUGGGGGGGAGAGAUCGGACUCAGAGCUCACCACGCGGGUAAAGAGCUAAAAAUCCCCCUCCCGAAGCGAUGUUUUAAAGGUGACUCAGGAUUUCAGGGCAUUUUCAAGGCGCGUCUUGCUGCGGAUUCUCUUUGGCGGGUGCCUCGCACCCCCUGCCCGAGCGACUGUGGAAGGUAAAAGCGAUUUUGCGUUCCCGAGGGCGGUGGAGGUGCAGGCAGCACCGGGACAAUGCCCACGCCGGCCCCAAGCCCCGUGGGGUUUGCUCUGCACCUUCAGUCCUUGCAUCCCUCAGGUUCCUCAGAGCAGGUUUCCCUCGAGCCCUUCAGGUCUCUGUUUCCUUCUUUUAUUUUUCCUUUGAAAGCCAAGCCCCAUCCCGGGGGGAGGAGGCUGAGUUUUGUUUUGCCAUCAGUACCCGCAGGUAUUAAUAAUAUCCAUAAUUUUGCCAUGAAUACUCACAGGCACAUAACAAUUCCUGACAUUCCCCACUGGCCCAGUACUCCCAGUGGGUGACUGGAGCUGAGCUCGUGGCAGACCAAGCAAUCCAGGCUCACCCUGGAUAUUCCUGCUUGCUUUGACAGCAUGGUGUGGAACUGGUUUCGUGUUCAGCACUGCUGCUUUGGAGUAUCCCCACAGGGUUUUUGCUCAUGGAUGGGGCCAAAAAAAGGGGAUGGAUGAGCAAACACGGAUAUUUGUCUUGUUCCAUCUCUUACU